UGCUGAUUUUGUGUACUUACUGUCAUCAGCAUCGCGCUAUAUGCAUCGCAUUAACAUUGCAAUGUUGGAAAAUGAGUGCCAUCACGAUGAACUAGGGCAAAUUUUGGCGUUAGUUGGGGGCCGAAAGCCCUUCGACUGACCCACCGAUCACCACUGGUGAAUAGCCAGUGGUCAUCCUUACAUCAGGGGCUCCAUUUUUAUCGCAAUGGAAACUCUUACUUAUCAUUUUAAUAGAAGUAAAAGCGAAGUGAUGUCUGUCACCAAAACAACACGAAGUUUGGGAACAAUGGCGGAUCCAGAAAAUGAAAACAGCAAAGGCAAAUCAGGUGGUAGCGAAAGAUUGUCACCCACUGAUCUGAUGACUGAACAACUGGAAGCCAAAAUAAGCUUAAACGUGAAGAGGAGGAUUGAAGCAAUGGUUGCUGAAGUGAACAAGUUCAACGACCUUGAGAAGCUGCUUCUGUACCUGAAGUUGCCAACGGGCAUUAACGGGUUCGAUUCCAACCGGCUGAAAAGCCCCUCUCCCUCGCUAGCGGUCACGCGCAUCGAACAAACCCAGGCAUCCAAUUGGAUCCGCAGUCACCUCGAAGAGUGCAGCGACACAUCGCUCCCUAAACAUGAAGUGUACGAAGAAUAUCGGAUGCAUUGUGAAUCUGCUACUCGUCGAGUGUUGAGCCCCGCUGACUUUGGCAAGAUCAUGAAGAGUGUCUUUCCCCAAGUGAAACAGCGACGCCUUGGCACCCGUGGCAAUGCCAAGUAUUGCUAUAGCGGCCUUCGCAAGAAGUGCGAAAUCCAGCCACCUUUACUGCCAAGCAUGGAAUCACCACGCAAAACGGGACCAAAUGAUGUACCUUACAGUUCUUCCUCCUGCAAGUGUAGCCAAGAACAACAGCAGGCAGACCUGGCCAGCACGAUCGUCAUCUGCGAAUGGGCGGAGAAAAUCUUUGCCACCCACUUCCAGACCACAGAGGAGCUUGCCCACCACCUUGCCAGCAAUAAGUUAGUCUCCAGCUCUGUGGCCUCCCUGACAGUACUCUCCGGAGGCAAGGAUUCCUCGGCCUCGUCCAAGGUGCUGCGGCCGGACGUGGCGAUGGGGAAACUCCCCAUCACCCCGGAGGAGCGCCGGAAAGAGACGCAACACCAGCUGCAGAAGAAGAUUCAGCAGCGGCAGCUGAGCAAGAUGAAGGAGGAGCACCUGCGACAGACCGAGCGUCAUCAGCAAGCGCUGAGAGCCGAGGACCACCUCAAGGCCAGCAAAGCACGAGAUGAGCGGAAGUUGCUGAACAGGAGCCACAGUAUGCCAAACGAGGUGCAAAUGAAUGCAAGAACAGAUGCUAACGCAGGCGACGCUAAGGAGCAGGACAAGACCCCCAACGGCUGCCAUUUUGGCAGCCAGCAGGCUGAGCAGAAUGGCCGCCUUGCUCCCCAGUCAGGGUUGCAGACGAACAACAACAGCAAUAACAACAGUAACCAGCUGCAGGUUUCCGGCUCGGCAGCCAGCACGAUAACAACAGUCAAGGAAAGUCCAAACAACAAGCGGCGCUUCACUCCCAUACAGCCCAAGACUCCAGUGCGAGAUGGUGCAGUGAAAAUGCCUGUACCCAAUGGGUCUGUGGUGGUUUUCCAGCCAAAUGGAGCCAUUCUGAAUUCCAAAGGGCAAAAGGUCCAACAGCUUCCCCAGGGAGUUCAGUUAAUUCAGCUCGUCCAGAACAUUCCUAAUGCCAAACUUGUUGCCUCCGGGACACCCAAGUCAAGCAGUUCACCAGGAACGUCAAGAGCUCAGAAUAUCAUCGCAGUCCCCUUGUCUCCAGGACAGCUCAUGAAGAGUCCUCCCGGAGCAACUGGUGUGCUGGUUUUCAACCAGUCUCCUUCAGCUGGCCUUGGUCCAAGCUUUGUAAAUGGUUCGCUGCCUGGUAGCACUGCAUCAGUGGUACAGAAAGACCCCACAACAACGUUUCCAUCCUCCAGCAACACUCACAUGCUGCAGUUACAGUCAGACGCAGGAGGUGCGUCACCUCAGGGAGGCUCUAGUGCCGCUCAUUCAGGUAUUUUUCCCUCUUUGACCCCUACAUCCAAUCUCUCCAGCAAACAGGAUCUCCUCACUACACCCCCUGUCCAACCGAGCGCAACCCUAACUUGUCCUUCUACAUCGGCCGUGCCAACAGUACUCCUUAGGUCUGCGUAUGCUGAGUCACCGAAGACUUCCCAGCACGUCAUCAAUCAGACAUCAUCUGCUGCAAAUCCAGUUGCAGUGCCCAUUCCAACAACGUGCGCUUCUCACAACACGUCGACAUCUGUCACCUUCUCGACCUUGCCAAUGCAGAGGCAGCCGGUGUCGGCUCAGGUAGGUAUUCCCAUCCCCGGGAAUCAUGAUCUGAGUGUUCUGUCCUCGGACAGAAGGCUGAAAUCAGGCCUCACCGGAAAUGACCACAAACAGAUACCCAUCAAUUCAGCAUCUGCACUUCUGGCAAUCUUGUCCAACACUGCCAACAAGGAUCAAGGUCUGGAUGACAGCAGAGGUGCUGGUAAGGUAGCAAAAGCAAAUGCCCAUUUGGGAAGUUUUAAUAUGACCAGUACAGUCACCACUCCUCCAGUAUCACAGCUGAAUCAAGACAGUGUGAGUCCUGUAGUUUCUGCUGCCUCAUUGGAAAGUAGGUCUUCUGAAGAUAUGAGGUCAAAGUCUGCGAUGGUCUCCUCUUCAAGUCUUACAAAUGUCAUGCCAGCUGUGCCAACUAAAUUAAGCAGGGUCCAGAAAGAUCUGCCACCACUUAGCAGUGGCUUGAUAUCCAUAUUAGCAGCGCCAGGUCUUGAGACAGCCCGUGUGAGUCAUCCGCAAAUGGCACACCAGCAGCCAAUUCGAGAAGGCCCUCAACAGACUUCAACCUCCAGUCAGAGCUUUCCUACCUGUAGCGUCCCAAUACACACUGGAAGUCAGCCUUCUGGCGUAGCACCGCAUGUGAUUCAGAUGCCAUUUGCCAUGGAGAUAGGCAACAAGAAACUAGCUUUAUCACCAGUUCAGGUUGUGCAGUCGGCGUCAGUAGCCUCCAUCCAGCAUCGAAUGACACUCCCACAGAUCAGCGAGGUAGGCCCUGAUGCAGUAGAAGCUGUCAAUACCAAUACCUUGAUCAAGCAGGAAAUGGAAAAGCUUGGGAAUCAACUGGUACAACAAGGCAUUUCGGCCUUGCAGCCUGUCCGCUUUGUCAAUGGUGUUGCGCAGGGCACACCAGUGGCUGGUAUCCAGCAGCUGGCUGGCGUGGAAGGCCAAGGGAGGCAAAGUACCACGCCCAGUUUCAGCCAUCACUCAAAUACAGCCACGCCUAUCCCGCUUGGCACAGAGAGUGUUCCCCAGAGCCCCAACGACCCCAAUCAGGUGUAUUUCACAUUCACACCCAUCCAGCAGAGCUUAGAGCCAGUUGAUGUCAGCAUGACUAGUCCCAACCCAGUUAAGCCCAUGCAGAAGCCCAAGCCAACACUGGGCACUCCGCAGGCCAACUUUGUCACUCCUGUUCGUAAGCGUCGAAGCUCAGGGACUACAAGGCGGCCUAACCCCAACGGUACAAGUUGUCUUCCUCCUGCUAUCAGCCGUCAGAUCACACCCACCCCAUCUCCCAGUGGGAGUCGUUCCUCAACCCCCUUAUCACCAGCCUUGGUCUCGGGGAACAACCAAGCAGAUACUGCAAGUAUGCCACCCCCGUCACCUGUGACGGUCUUCUCCGACCCAAGCCAGUCUAUGACCAACCGAGGAGCUGGCAAGCCUGACCUGCCCAGCCAAAGCCAAACACCUUGGGUGACGAGUGCCAUCGGUAACAGGAAAAGGAAUCCAUCCGGACCUGCUACCUUCAUGCAGUCGACCAAACAGCUCUCUUUAGAUACAGCCAACUUCUUACCGGAGGAGUUAACAGAUCUGAACAUCCGUGGCUUUGAUCCCAGUUUGGAGCUGAAUACACAGCAGUACCAGCGCAGUCAUAGUGUUCCUCUGCCUGCUUACCAGCCAGUUGUACUGAGCCAAGAUAGGUUCAUAUCCAAUUUUCCUGUAUCUGCUGAACAGAGAGGGGUAACUAUCAACAACAGGAGCUUUGGAGCUAAGCGCAACCUUACCCAAGAGUUGCAAGAGAUUCAAGUCACAGAUGAGGACUUCAAUCCAGAGCAGAAUUUCCUUGAAGGUAGUGACCCAACUUUUAAUGAUCUCCUGAAUGCUGACUUGCAGCAGCCCUCCCAGAGUCAAGGGUCUUGGGUCAGUGACAUGCCACAAGAGUGUCCCACCGAAUUAGCAGUAGGUUUCCCGAUCACCUCUUGCAGCUCCGAGCGGGAUGCCGAGAAUGAUCUCAGCCUUGCCCAGGGAUUGGGGGAUAAUUCCAACAGUACGACGUCCACCCUGAACGAAGAUAUAGCCGCAAUGGAUGAGAUGGGCCCCAAUCCAGUCUUUCGUGAUUUCACCCUUCCGAGCUGGCCCCAGAUGGGUAGCAGUGGCAGUCUGGCCUCACUUGAAUGCAGCAUGUGAUCCGUGACACAGUCAGGGAACUAAACUUAAUGUCCUGAAUAGUUUCCUAGUUUACAAGAUUGUCAACGUGACUGUUUGAAGAAGAUACAUAGCAUCUUCAGAAGCCUGAAUUAUGCAUUUGUUUCAAUGUCGGAGCACGCAGAUACUACCUAAAUUAUUACACCCCUGUGAAAAAAUGGUAUUGGCCACUGUUAACUUUUGGCUACCUGUUUAUUGUUAUCCACGUUUUAAAGUCCUCAAAUUAAUAGUGUAACAGGUUGAAUCCAAGUCUGUUACAAUUGAACAUUGCUUUUUUGUGUUCUGAGCAGUGUUUGAGUUUGGCUUGUGUUGUGUACAUACGUUAGUUUUGCCAACAUUUCAAGUCUUUGACCAUAAUUCAGAAAUAAAACAAAUGGUCACAAACUGGGACUGGACAACGUGUACAUUGAGUAUUCAGAUAUUGUCCUGUAGAUUUACUUUUCUCCUUUGUUUUAAAAUCCUACAUUUAAAUGUACAUGUAUGUACCGGUAUGCACACUGUAGAAUAUGUGCAACCUUUCUAUGCCAUUUUUCUGUGUCAGUUGUAUUUAACUGACCUUGUUGGAUUUGUAUUGACAUGAAUGUGAAUAGAUUUGGAAAUAUUUUGUGAAGACUUUUUGAGUAAAUACUAAAGUGUACAUACCAGAAACAAGCUACUUUUUGGCAUGAAAGAAAAGCUGACGUAGCUUUAGUUUUGUGUGAAUAAAUGAAAUGCAUUUUUGAAAUGUUUUUUUCUGGCACAGUUUGUUACAGUUUUUUUAACGAAUUCUCUGUAUUUUAGAUAUGAAGUGGAAUUGGACGCUAGUUUCAUGUGUGAUUUAUGGUAUUUGAAAGUGUUUUCAUUUUGGUUUUAAAUUACAUGUACCUGUUAUAGCAAGGUUUAAGUAAUGACGUAGAAUAAGAGACAACUUUUUUCUGUGUCUUGGGAUUUACCGUUAGUGCAUCUGUGAUUAUUCAAAGAAAUACCGUCAAGUUAAUUGUUUCUGGCUAGGUUUGCCAUAUUGGUGUAAUGUUGUCUUAGGAAAAAGUCAACUGACGAUGAAAUGCGACUAAUGAAAUAAAGGAACGUUUGAACAAUCAUUAGGUACAAUUGUACAUGUAUAUUUAACAUAAAAAAAAAUCAUUAUAUAUUUUCAUAAAAGUGUGAUUGGUGAUUCGUUCGUGUUGGAGGUGUUUUCCACCUUUAACCUGUUCAUUAGAGCAUGCCUCUGACAGGAGACUUGUGUAGAUACGCAAGAGAGUAUGUCAUUUUAUUCCAUAUCUUAUUUUUGCUCCUGGAUUUUAACUCUUACAUUUGGGCACAGUUUUACUCUGAAGUCUAGGGGAAGGGGCUGUUAGUAUUUUUAAACAUUAAAAAAAAAUCUUAUGCAUGCUUUAAUAAAUUUUUAGACUUGGACAAAAAUGAUUGAAGAUUCAGAAAGUUUCACAAAACAUUUGUGGAAAAUCAGAUGUUUUGUGGGAUGGGGAAGCAGGAAUGGAGGGUUUGCUUGGCUGCCAUCUUGAAGACGAGUGCUUUUGUUCACAGGGUAUGCACAAAAGAGGUUCCCUAUGGAACAAAAGAAAACUGCCCUGCACGAUGGCUACCAUGCAAAGCCUCUAUGGCUUCCAUUAAAUUCCACAACUUCUUCCUGUAGAACUGUGCCCAUUAGCCAGCUUUCAUAUAUAUUUGGGUUGUCUCAUUGCUUGUGAUGUUGCACUCGACUGUGUCAUAGGAGAAUGCGGGCAUGCCUUGAUUCUAAGAAGUUGAGUUUACUGAAGGGCAGCUGAUAGUGGAAUGUCAUGGCAUAAGCCUUUCAAUUUACAGAGAAAGCUGUGUAAUUAUUUGGCGUGUGCUUUUUUUUAAUCUAUUCUCAUCUGGUGGUGACGUGGAUAGUUUUCCCAACACGUGUAAAAUAAAAUUUGAGAGGUUUUAGGAAGUGCAUUUUCUUUUCGUAAGUCACUGUAAAAAAGAAAGGUGGCUUUUUUUGUUGGUACAAGUUGGACCGAUUCUGUUUAAAGGUGUCUUGCCGGAGGAAAGCCCAAUAUUGGGUAACAAGACUUGGAUUAUUUUGGACCAAAAUGCAGAGGAAAUGGCAAGUGUGUACAACAACGGGCUUGGUGAUUUGUAAGAGUGCUGUCAUCUAGCAAGACCAACUGCAGGUGGAUGGAUGAAUAUGUGGUUCGUGUACUAUCAUUGGCAUUGUAGUGAGACUAUCUCCAGUACAUGGAAAAGAGCAGUGUCUGUGUGACUAAUGGCAAGGUUCGUUUGCCUGUGCCUGUGCUAGUCAGAUCCAAGGCAAUCAGAGAGUUCAGUGCUUUAGUUGAUGUAUUUAUUUCAUUACGCAUACUGUCCAUGCUUGGAUAGCACUGAUGUAAUUAGCUCUCGUAUCAUCAUAGAUCUUGUCACAGUUGAUUUUGUAUUGCACCAACAGUAAUGGUACCAAUUUGGAAACACCGUCAAUUACAAUGGAGUACAAAUACUAGAAACCUUUUAUCGUGAAUGGCCUGCUUGAUGAGUAUUGAUGUUAGAUGGAUGGUCCAAGACCAGACAUGUAACCUGUUUCCAUGUAGCAUUGGUUGUGCACACUUGCCGACGGUGCUGUUUAUGAUGGACAGUGUCAUGCAUGCACUGUAAGCCGGAGGUGGUUCUUACUGUUGCAGUGCAGUGCGUCCCUGCAUAGGGAUGGUGUUUUGUUGCGGUGCAUUUUACUUGUGAAUUUGGUCUCAAGGGUGGUGGCCUUUUAUUCGGGCGAAGCAGAAGGUUCCGAUGCUCAGUGGAUAGUGGCACGGUGCUGUGGCCAUACACGGGCAUACAGGGUGUGCAACCUCCUCAAAACCUACAGUAGACCGGAGAACUGAUGGCUUUUUUGCAGUCAACGCAACACUGCAUUAGGCAGUCAUUCCACCCUGUUUUGUUUAGGUCGGAUCAGUUGUUAACUGAUCACUGUCCAUUCCUGUUUUCCAUAAUCUGAAAAAAAAAACCACCUGUGGUUGACAUUUUAUGAGGAUCACGUGGAACGACAAUUCAGCUAUGUCUAGUAAUUUGUGGCUACAGCUUUGCUUUCUAACCAUUUGCAGGCUACUGAAAAUAGCCCUAGCCAGACAAUAUCCAUUUUUACAGAGUAUUAUUUUUUGGAAUAGUUUUGAGCAAGUACAACCAAAGUUCAGCUUUUUUUUUUCCUGGAUAGACUGCGGGUGUCUACUAUCCACUGAGCACUUCAGAAUUCUAGCUGUUCCCCAGUUUUCUCAGGUUUUCAAUGAAGAUAAAGAAGACAAAAGGAAUUGUACAUUUUCUGGCACUUUGCCAGAUUUUUUUCUAUGCUGUGUAUAACAAGAAUCAAUUUGUAGUCAUUUGUCGAAACCAAAAUGGAAAUUUUUAAUAAGAGGGUGAGAAAGUGCGUGUAAAUUCAGACCUUGAGAAGUUCCUGAAGGUGUUGGAAAUACUUUCGAGUGUUUUGUUUUUGUGCAUAAUUUUUGCAGUUACUAUUUCAGGAAGAUAUGGUACAUUAUGGUCGAUCACUACAUCUGUUUCUCAAAACUGCAGAUAUGUUUGCUCUCAUGGACUGUGGAUGCCUUUCGUUAUUGCCAGUCUUUUCUUCCAUGUAUGAAAGGGGAACCCCACUGGCGUGGAUUGUACACAUAAUUUUGUGUUAAGAAAUGGUAUGGGUUAGCAGAAGGUGCGAUUGUUUCCAAACAUUCCCCUUUAAAUAGCCAGGUUGAAAUGGAUGCAUCAUAAUCGAUGGGUGUCCCAUGAACACUGUGCCCAUGUUUGUUUGUUGUGAGAAGUAGUUGUCCUUGUAAAAGAAAAGCAGUUGUCCAUUUUGAAUUCAGUAGUCGGAACUGAUUAUUUAAGAAAUGUCAAAAAAUUCAAAGUAGCUGCUAUUUUGAAGUUGAAAGGAGACUUCAGCUUGGGUAAAAUGCAGAUAACAUAUAUGGCUGCAUGUCUUGAUUAAGAACCCAGGCCACAGAAUCAUUUACAUGUACAUGAACUCUCGCAUCUUCAGUCUCUAACCAAGUGCUACAGAAUACUUUGUUCAAGACUUUAUGUAAAUGCCAUUCACUUUUGAGUCUGGAGGUUAUUAAAACAGGACGUCUUUGUGAGAUUUUAAACCUGGUUUUAAAACCAGGAAGCUGAAUACGUUUGAGGUACAAAAUUAUAAGGUGAAUAAGUGUAGUUGGUCUUAAAGCAAUAGAGAUAAAUGUACAGCUUCCAUGUAGAUUGUCAGUACACUUCAAGUCUCAGGAUUGCUCUAAUGUUUUUACAGGCAAUUAACAGAACGUGUUGUAAAGUUUUCUGCUCAGUUAGACUCAAUUCAAGCCUGAGUUUGUGUGACAUCAAGCCAUACGGUUGUAACUUGGAGGGCAAGUUGUACGAUUUUUUAUCUGCAAAGGAACAUAGGUUUGGCUUUUAGUCCCUAUAUGAUCCGGCAGGUGUCCCCCCCCCCGCCCCUGACUGCUGUUCUGUGGUGCUCUCCUCACGCACAAAUCCCUUCCAGUCACCUCGCAUUCAAAGUGGAAUUUGAGGAACAAAUGUACCCGGGCAUCAAUCACCAAUGGCCUGCUAUACUACUAUGAAUAGAAGAACAUUUGCAUAGACAAAAAUGGCCCAGGUUAUUUUUAAAUGGCACCAGACUAGACACCUGCUAAGACUUGAAUCCAGUCCAGACAAAUGCCAUUCGAAGAUGGCUUCAUCCAAAGUUGGGAACGCAUCUUGGUUUUCAACAAACUUCAGGCCAAGAUGCAUUCAACUUGGGCUGAAUCUCAAGUAAUGACUUGUGGUUGAUUGAAAUGGAGAAAAUUACUUUAAUAAGACAUGGACUCAAAACAGUAAUUUUCCAUUCCGCACUGCCAUUCAAGACGAUCACAGUUGAAACUGUUCAAACUACAAUGCAAUGGCUGGAUGCACCACAAGCCUGGGUUGCAGGCUGGAACGAUUUCUUUGCACACCAAUCGAAAUAAAACAAGAGGAUUGCUUUUCAAAAAGGGUCUUUAUAAAAAGAUCUGAGAACAAUUGUCUGAGACCUAGAGUUUAGAUGAAAAUUUUGUCACUGUGCAUUUUGAAGUGUGAAUAUUCCCCACUGGUUCUAGAACUGGUUCUCUAACUUCUGUACUUUAUGUACCAUUUCUACCGUCAUUUACUUUGCUGUAUUCAAACAAGUUUUUUCCUGUGUGCUUUUAAUAUUUUUAAUUAUUUCAAUCCAACUGAAACCAAUGUUUUAGGUAUUAAACCAGUAUUAACUACCAUGUGUGAUCAUGCAACAAAGA